AUGUCUAAAAAUGUAUUGGUUAUUGGCGGAGGUGGUAGAGAACAUGCAAUUGUGUGGAAAUUUUCAAAAAGUUUAAAAGUUAACAAAGUCUAUGUGAGUCCCGGUAGUCAUGCAAUCCAACAGGUGCCUAAAGUAGAAAAUAUUGAAUUAGAUGUAAAACAGUUCAAAGAUAUUGUAACAAUUUGUAAAGACAAACAAAUAUCUCUAGUAGCUGUAGGUCCAGAAGAUCCUCUAGCAAAUGGUAUAGCAGACGCUUUAUUAGCAGAAGGAAUCAGAGUUUUUGGUCCUCAAAAAAAUGCAGCUAGGAUUGAAUCUGAUAAAGACUGGUCGAAAGCCUUUAUGGACAGACAUGGAAUUCCAACUGCAAAAUGGAAAUCUUUUAUUGAUGCCCAAGAAGCCAAAAAAUUCAUUAACAGUGCAUCUUUUAAUGCGUUGGUUGUAAAAGCCAGUGGUUUAGCAGCAGGAAAAGGUGUCGUCGUUGCAAAAGAUAAACAGGAAGCCUGCAGAGCAGUUGAUGAAAUACUGGGUGAUAAAAAAUUUGGAGGAGCUGGAGAAACAAUUGUUAUUGAAGAGUUACUUUCUGGAGAAGAAGUUUCAGUCUUAGCAUUUGCAGAUGGCAAUACUAUUAAGCCAAUGUUGCCAGCUCAAGAUCACAAAAGAAUUUUUGAUAAUGAUCAAGGUCCUAACACUGGUGGAAUGGGUGCUUAUUGUCCUUGUCCUUUACUGACUUCUGAACAUCUGGACUAUGUAAAGAAAAACGUUCUUGAAAGGGCUAUACAGGGGUUCAAAAAAGACAAUUUAAAAUUUGUAGGUGUUCUUUAUGCUGGUCUAAUGUUAACUUCUAAUGGUCCCAAAGUAUUAGAAUUUAAUUGCCGAUUUGGUGAUCCAGAAACGGAAGUCAUUUUGCCUUUAUUGGACUCCGACUUAUAUGACAUAAUGAAUUCAUGUUGUGAUGGAACAUUAGAUAAGCAAGAAAUAAAGUGGAAGGGAGGUGUAUCUGCAGUAGGAGUGGUACUGGCAUCAAGAGGAUACCCAGAAACAUCUAGUAAAGGACAAGUAAUCACAGGAAUAGAUACAGUUUCUUUGAAACAAGACCAUAUAGUUUUCCAUUGUGGUUCUGCCCUAAAAGAUGGGCACUUAGUAACAAAUGGAGGUAGAGUUCUAAUAUCUGUAGCAUUAGCUCCACAACUUCAUAUAGCUGCCGCAAAAGCUACAAAAGCUUGUGAAAUCAUUAAAUUUGAUGGGAAGCAGUAUCGUAAAGAUAUAGGUCACAAAGGAAUUGCAAGGGCUAUUUUACAAUCAGGAAAACUAACUUACAAACAAAGUGGUGUUGAUAUUGAUGCUGGUAACGAUUUAGUAAACCAUAUUAAACCUAGUGCUAAAUCAACAAAUAGAACUGGUACUAUGGGUAGUUUAGGUGGUUUUGGAGGUUUAUUUGAUACCAAAGCCGCAGGUUAUAAAGAUCCUCUUCUUGUAUCUGGAACUGAUGGUGUUGGUACAAAACUCAAGAUUGCACAAGCUGUUGGAAUCCAUGAUACAAUAGGUAUAGAUCUCGUAGCAAUGUGUGUCAACGAUAUUUUGGCCCAUGGAGCUGAACCAUUAUUUUUCUUAGAUUACUUUGCUUGUGGACACUUAGAUGUAAAUGUUGCAAAACAAGUUGUAACAGGAAUUGCAGAUGGUUGCAGGCAAGCAGGAUGUUCACUUAUUGGUGGAGAGACUGCAGAGAUGCCCGAUAUGUACCAAUCAGGAGAUUAUGAUUUAGCCGGUUUUGCAGUGGGCGCAGUUGAGAGAGAUCAACUGAUGCCGCAUGUUCAUAAAAUUAAAGCAAAUGAUAUAGUUAUCAGUUUGCCUUCAUCGGGGGUACACAGUAACGGAUUUAGUUUAGUUAGAAAAAUUUUGAAAUUGGCUAGGAAGGAUUAUAAUAGCGUUGCGCCGUUUAGUCAAGAAAACAAAACAUUUGGAGAAGAAUUACUAACUCCCACAAAAAUUUACGUAAAAUCCGUUAUCCCAGCUAUAAGAACAGGAAAAGUCAAAGCAUUUGCUCACAUAACUGGUGGAGGCUUAACAGAAAAUAUUCCUAGGAUCUUACCAGACGGUGUUGCGGUAGAACUUGAUGCAACCAAAUGGCCUAUACCACCAGUGUUCCCUUGGUUAGCUGCAGCUGGAGGCGUUCAUGAAUCUGAGCUGUUAAGGACAUUCAAUUGCGGAGUAGGAGGAAUACUAAUUGUAGAUAGCAGAGAUGUUGAUGAAGUUUUAGGAUUGGUUAGAAAUGAAGGUGCUACUGUUAUUGGGAAAGUAGUGCAAAAGGAAACAGAUCAAGUUAUAGUGAAUAACUUUUCCAACGUAAUGGAAGCUUCAAUGAGGACAUACAUUCCUAGUGUUGUAGACAAUGCUGCUAGUUUUAAAAAACGUGUAGGAGUUCUGAUAUCUGGCAGUGGCACAAACUUACAAGCCCUAAUCGAUGCUACACAGGAUCCAUUACAGGAUGUAGGAGCAGAAAUUGUUUUAGUAAUUUCCAAUAAGCCGCGCGUCGAAGGUUUACGAAGAGCCGAGAGGGCUAAUAUUCCAAGAAAAGUUUUAAGCCACAAAAAUUUUAAUAGCCGGUUACAAUUUGAUAUGGCACUGCAUCAAGAAUUGGUGAAUGCUGGAGUAGAAAUAGUAUGUUUGGCCGGAUUUAUGAGAAUUUUAACAGGAGAAUUUACAAGGAAAUGGAAGGGACGGUUGCUGAACGUACAUCCUGCUCUUUUGCCGCUUUUUAAAGGUGUUGAUGCUCAAAAACAAGCACUGGAAGCAGGCGUUAGAAUUUCUGGUUGCACAGUUCACUUUGUAGAGGAAGACGUGGAUGCCGGAGCAAUAAUUGUUCAAGAAUCGGUUCCAAUAGAGGUCAAUGAUAAUGUAGACACUCUGGUAGAAAGAAUAAAAGCUGCUGAACAUAAAGCUUUUCCCAAGGCUCUGCAGCUACUAGCAACAGACAAAAUUAAAUUAGGUUCAGAUAAUAACAUUAUUUGGUCAUAA